UCCAUCUCCCAGCCGGCGGGUCUCUUCCCCUUCGGCCGGGAGGGAAGAGAGAGCAGCGAACCCAGAAACGAGCUAAAGUUCAGAGUUUUUGUUGUUCUUCUUAUCUUUUAUAUUUUAGAUUAUAUAUAUAUAAUUUAAUAUAUAGUAAUAUAUAAUAUAGGAUAUAAUAUAGAUCGACAGACUUGUCAUGGUGGCUUGUGGGGUGAAAGCUAUGCGGUAAUCUGUGGUUCUCUGGUCGGUUCUCCCCUCGGAGUGAGAGAGGAGCCGCAGAGCCUCCCUUCACCUCCCUCCUGGAGGACGACAGGGUCCGGGUCCGGGUAAUAGUACCGGGUGUCCGUCCACACGGUCCUGGUGUCCGUCCAGCAGUGCCCGGCUAAUGUCUUCAUGAUGUUCAGACUCAGAGCAUCGUUCCUGAAAGCCUAAUAGGAUGUCUGACAGUGUGCGUCUGGACGUUCCAGACUUCAGUAACUCGGUGCUGUCUCACCUGAACCGGCUGCGGCUCCAGGGCCGACUCUGUGACAUCGUGGUGAGCGUGGAGGGCGAGGGCUUCAGGGCCCAUAAGGUGGUUCUGGCCGCCAGCUCGCCCUACUUCAGGGACCACAUGGCCCUGGGCCAGAUGAGCACCGUGUCGCUGGCCGUCAUCAGGAAGCCCCGGGUGUUCGAGCAGCUGCUGGCCUUCUGCUACACGGGCCGCCUCAGCCUGCAGCUCGCCGACAUCGUCAGCUACCUCACAGCCGCCAGCUUCCUGCAGAUGCAGAGCGUCAUCGACCGCUGCACCGCGCUGCUGGAGGGCAUCCACCUCAAGAUCAACCUGGGGGGGGGGGCCCCGGGGGAGCUCAGGGGCCUGGGGCCAGGGGCCGAGGGCCAGGAACCCCAGCUGAGGAUGGACCAGGAGGGCCAGUGGUUCGUAGAGAGUAUGCAGAUCAAGACGGAGAGGGUGGAGGAGUGGAUGGAGGAGGAGGAGGAAGAGGAGGAGGAACUCCCAGGAGGAGGGGCCGCAGAGGAGGAGGCCACAAUGCUGAUUGACAGGUCGGACCGGAGCUCUCUGGUGCAGGAAGACGGGCCCUCCAGCAGUCAGACAGACAGGGUCAGUCCUACAGACAGCGUCCUGAUCCUCGCUGGGCACCGGAGAGCAAAGAGUGAAUCUCCAGGGACAGACGAAGCCCAGCAACCCAGCUCCCAGGGGGAGGAACCUGCGGCCGUGGACUUGGGGGGGUACGAGGAGUACCUGAGAGAGCAGGUGGGCGACCGCUGGUUCCGCUACAACCCGCGGCUCACCUGCAUCUACUGCUGCAAGUCCUUCAACCAGAAGGGCAGCCUGGACCGCCACAUGCGGCUGCACAUGGGCAUCACGCCCUUCGUCUGCCGCAUCUGUGGGAAGAAGUACACCCGCAAAGACCAGCUGGAGUACCACAUCCGGAAGCACACCGGGAACAAGCCCUUCCACUGCCACCUCUGUGGGAAGAGCUUUCCCUUCCAGGCCAUUCUGAACCAACACUUCCGGAAGAACCAUCCGGGCUGUACGCCCCAGGAAGGAGCUCACAGCGCCUCCCCCGAGACCACAGCCCCCUCCUCCAGAGCGGGCCAGGACCACCACUCCUCCCCCAGAGAUGAGCACCCUGAUGGGGGAGGGUCUGAAGGGCCCCAGGCCUCAGUAUCCACGACAGGGCCAGACUGACCUCCGCCAGGAGGACCACCUCCACCAGGAGGACCUCCACCAGGUGAUACCUCCACCAGGAGGACCUCCACCAGAUGAUACCUCCACCAGGGGGACCUCCACCAGGAGGACCUCCACCAGACUGCCCUCCACCAGGAGGACUUCCACCAGGAGGACCUCCACCAGGGGGACCUCCACCAGGAGGACCUCCACCAGACUGACCUCAACCAGGAGGACCUCCACUAGGAGGACCUCCACCAGAUGAUACCUCCACCAGGAGGACCUCCACCAGAUGAUACCUCCACCAGAUGAUACCUCCACCAGGAGGACCUCCACCAGUUGAUACCUCCACCAGGAGGACCUCCACCAGACUGACCUCCACCAGACUGACCUCCACCAGGAGGACCUCUACCAGGAGGACCUCCACCAGACUGACCUCCACCAGGAGGACCUCCACUAGGAGGACCUCCACCAGAUGAUACCUCCACCAGGAGGACCUGCACCAGAUGAAACCUCCACCAGGAGGACCUCCACCAGAUGAUACCUCCACCAGGAGGACCUCCACCAGAUGAUACCUCCACCAGAUGAUACCUCCACCAGGAGGACCUCCACCAGAUGAUACCUCCACCAGAUCAUACCUCCAUCAGGAGGACCUCCACCUUACUUUAUGAACCUUACUCCCUGCAGGCUGAGUCUCUUUUAAACCCUCAUUAAGACACUCGACAGUGAGUUGAACACAGGGUUAGGGUUAAACCAGGGUUAGGGUUAAACCAGGGUUAGGGAGUUAGGGUUAGGGUUAAAACAGGGUUAGCGAGGUAGGGUUAGGGUUAGUGAGCGCAGGAAUACGAUUAGUGAGCGCAGGAAUGCGUUUUCUUUAAACCACAUCUACCUUCACAAUCAGCACUUUUCCAUGGACAACCUUAAUACUGUGAUUAUUAUGGUCUGUCGGAACAGUGGAGUUAUAAACAAAAAUGUGUGCUUGUGUGUGAACCCUAACCCUAAUAUACCGUAGAACUAUCAGUACCCUGCUGAGGGAGGUUAGGGUUAGGGUUAACCCUAACCCUAACCCUAAUAUACCGUAGAACUAUCAGUACCCUGCUGAGGGAACUAGCCCUAAACUGUUAGAAUUAGGGACUAAAGUAAUGCUAACUCUAACAUAACUAUUAAUACCCUGAUAAGACUGAGGGGACCAGCCCUGACGAGUCAGUAAUAGCAACACACUCCUUACCUCAAGGGAUUUUCUUUCUUUACUUACUUUACUAAUUCUUAUUGAUGUCGUUGUAACGAAGUGUCAAUCACAAGACGAUAGCCUGUGAAAUUUUGGACAUAGAAUAAACUAGACAUUAUUAGACUUUGGCAGAAUAAUGUAAAGGAACCUUUUAAUUAAUGUUUUAAGGUGGCCUUAUAGUUUCAUUUAAAGCUCAAUAGUUAAGAUGAAAUAGUUAAGAUCAAAUACGCAGAAAACCUCAAAUAAACUACAGCUGAUAUGCUUCUCCGAACUCCAUGAGACAAAACCUCACAACACAGUACACACUGGCUAGCUGGAGGACCAAUCACAACAGAGUACACACUGGCUAGCUGGAGAACCAAUCAUAACAUAGUACCCACUGGCUAGCUGGAGAACCAAUCACAACACAGUACAACAGGGCUAGCUGGAGACUAGACCCAUCAGGGGACAUCUUAGACUGGGUACCCCCAGCCCAUUCUGCCGGCGAUUCAAAUUCAAAGGGGCUGGAGAAGAGCAAUACAUUUCUUUCUCCUUCCGAUACGUUUUUGCGGGAGCCAAUCACCAAGCUGGCUUUUCCCCCUGGGGCGCCAUUGGCUGGUUUAAGAAAAUGACGACAGGGAAGCGACGGCAAGCAGUCAAUUGCGUACAGAGUCGUUUGAACUAUGCGCGUUGAUCACACCUCUUGUACUGCAGAAAAUGUCGGCUUAGCUCAGGAGGUAGAGCAGUUGCCUUGUAACCGAAAGGUUGCUAGUUCGAUCCCCAGCUCCUCCUAGCUGAGUGUUAAUGCGUCCCUGAGCAAGACACUUAACCCUAACUGCUCCUGACGAGCUGGCUGUCGCCUUGCAUGGUUGACUCUGCCGUCGGUGUGUCAAUGUGUGUAUUAACUGAUGUAAGUCGCUUUGGAUAAAAGCGUCUGCUAAAUGCCCUAAAAUGUAAAA